UCGUAAAAGAAUUAGAGAAUUGCAGCAGCCGCCAUUUGAACGAUGUGAAGGUCCUUAACUACAUGCUCCUCGAAGAAGCUUUUCUUGCCAUCGCUCUCAUCACCAGCAGCCUAUCCCAUAGCUCCGCCGACGAAGUCUUAGGGCCGCCGCUUCCCCGCUUUCAGUGCUUGUCGUCUACAGCAUCCCCAUCUGCUUCGAUCCCGACAACAUCACAGCCACCGCCGCCGCCGCCACCACCUUCCACUUCACAUCCACUGGAGUUGGGAUUAUUAGGAUUGAGUGGCGGCGACUCCGACGGAUUUGGGGCUUUCGCAUCCUCUUCUGCGGCUGCUGCUGCCGCCUUUGAUCUCUCUUCUCUCGCAUCUUCAAACUUUGCGGACUUGGCUCGUCACUACAGACAUUGCUACUGGGAGUUAUCAAAACUCGUCUCAGGACUUUGUUGCACUUGUGGUGGAACUAUGAUGGGCUGCAAACUCCUUAAAUCUGUAGGUGUUUGAGAUAAAUAAUGAUGCCAAAAUGAAGAGAACAAGGCAAAGACCACUCCCCUCAGGGAGGAUUUCUGCACAUCAUGCGAUUGUGUGGGCAUCCUCUGUCGGUAUAGCUGGCACUGCUUUAUUGGCAUACAAGGUUCUUGCAGGCUAAUAUUUGGGCAGCUGGGCUUGCAGCAUCAAAUCUUAUUCUUUAUGCAUUUGUCUAUACUCCAUUGAAGCAGAUUCACCCUGUAAACACAUGGGUUGGGACCAUAGUGGGUGCCAUUCCACCACUGCUCGGAUACCGCAUUUUAUGGCCCAUGCCAUUCCCGCAGAUCUCGAGCCCGACCCCUGUAGCACAUGCCUCUUAUGCACCAUUUCUAUUCCUACCAGCUCCAUCUUACGAAGCACCCCAUUGACCUUGAGCCUCUCAUCUUUGUGGUAACUUGGCGUUUUCUUCAUUUGGCCAAGAGCAUGCUAUGAAAUGUUUGGAUUCCUUAAGCUUAGCGGCACUCGGCUUCUGAUUUCGUUUCAGUUAUGGAGGCAAAUGGAGUCAGAUUGGAGAUAUGUAAGGGUCAUCUGACUGACUGCUUGCGCAAAAAAAAAAAAUAUUUGCGUGGUGGUCUCGGAUGAUCUCGUAUCGCAAGCGUGACUAAGGCUUUUGAGUACAAUAGAAUAGCUUGUUGAUAUCAGGCAACAUCGUGUGCCAGAAAUUUUUUGCUGCUCGCGAUGCUUAGCCGGAAAAGGCUGAGUUUACAAGCCUUUUCCUGCUCUUGGCCAAGUUCUAGUACAUAAAUAGAUUUGAUAGAACUGAUAGCCAUGGAUGCGGCAUUGUCCAAUUUGCUUCUGUUUUUGUCAAAGACCACAUUGAACCGAAAAUUAGCAUCAGUCCAGAUGUAUGUAUAGACACAUACAUUUA